AUGGCCGACCAACGCGUCAAUGUCCACAUCCCCUCCCAUCCCCCGGUGCUUGAUAGCGUGCGCCUGCGCAACAUCCAGCUGCCCCUCCCGGCUGCCCCGGACCCAUGGCAUCGUCCCGGCAAAUCGCAGCCCUGCACCGCAUCGCUGAAGCUCUCCUACUCAUCUGCCGUUGCAGCAGCCAUUGCUGACGAUGUUUCCCUCUCUUUGGACUACGGCAAGCUCUACCGUCGCCUCGAGGAGGAUAUCCGCAACAUGGGGAAGCAUGCCGAGAACCCGGGACACCGAAUGAUUAGUGUUGAUGGCAGCCGCCGGGAUGAGAUGAUGCGGAGCGAUCUCGGAGAGGACGUGCGACUGACGGCUGGAAUUGUUGCCAACUGUGGUCUGGGGCUUUUGGACGAGACCGCCGCGGGGGUCCGAAGGAUGUCGCACGUGCACAACACCCAGAGACGAAGCAGUGCGUCGGCGAGCUCCCAGGCACAGGCACAGGCGGCUAUCUUUAGCCCUUCGUCUUCCCCCGCAAUUGACGGGGUCUUUGGCCAAUGCGAGGUGUCCUUGCACCUUCCCAAGGCACUGCUACGUGCAGAUGAAGGCCUCAAGUACCGCAGCGUGACAGUGUGGGGAUACAGACAGGGCAACGAAGCGAUUUUGGAGAACCUGGGGGAGUCGGAGCGGUGCCCUGUGGUGCUGGAAGAGGAGUUCCGCAUUGAUGGGAUCCGGUGCUACUGUAUUUUGGGGGUCAAUUCGCACGAGAGAGUGGAAAAGCAGGCGGUCAUUGUCUCCCUAGAGUUCAAGGGACCCGGGCAGCUGCCGUGGGGGUCUACGGUGGUCAACACAUACCAAGCGAUGACACGGGCUGUCGCAGAGCGAGUUGAGGCCACCUCGUACCAGACUGUCGAGGCACUCGCGACGUUCAUCGCUCGCAUCGUCACGGUGGAAUUCGGCAACGAACGGGUGACGGUGAGAGUCGAGAAGCCCAGCGCAAUGGCCUUUGUGGAGGGAUCGGGGGUGGAAAUCACCCGGUCGCAGGCGUUCUUCGAGGGCCGAGAUGCAUGA